UCUUCGUUUCUCGUUCCAUUCCCAUUCUUUCAUUUAGUUCUUAUUCUUUGAAAUUUUGUGCUUUUUUACCUCACCCAAAAAAAGGGCCAUGGCACAUGCAUUUCAGGCUACACAGACUCUUGCCAUUCUCCUUCUCUUUCUUAUCGGCAAUGCAGUCGCCGAGGAAUUGCUGUUCAGUGGUGAGAGACUUAACCCAGGAGAGUUCCUCGAGAAUGGACCCUACCGGUUUAUAAUGCAGACGGACUGCAACCUCGUGUUGUAUGUGAAUCGCACGAGGGCACUUUGGUCUUCUGGGACGAAUGGAAGGGGCACGACGUGCCGUGCCUCACUGCAGAACAAUGGCAACCUCGUAGUGUUGUCAGGGACAGAUGUCAUGUGGUCUAGCAACACAGCUGUUGGAGCAAAUAGUUACCGUCUCAUCGUUCAAGGGGAUGGGAAUGUAGUGAUCUAUGGCGGAGCUAUGUGGGCCACCAACACUGUACAGAGCAACAGACGGUUGUUCUGAGGAUUUGGAAGUGAUUCUUGCGUGAUGGAUGCAACACACAAGGGGGCAUGUUGUUGCACCACGUUUAUCUGCUUAAUUACUUUGAUUAGAGAAUAUCUUCUAAAGGGAGAUUAUGUGUUUUUUCUUUUGUCAUGAGAAAUAAAAUCAAUAUAAGUUUGUUUGUUA